AUAUCCAUAAUAUUACUAUUUUCCAUUGUAAAUAAUGGCGCAGGCGUAUUUUGUCUGUGGAUGCAUAAAGCUCCUCGUGCACCGGGCGGAUUCUCACGAACAAUAAGAGGAAGCGCGAUCUUAUCUUCAAUCGCAAUUCUGUUUACCUUGGUUGUGUCCAUAAUUUUUUACUGCUAUGCACCAGCACAUACGGCUUCAAAGGGCGCAGGAGAUAAGAAAGUAAUCGUCCAGACUAUAGGCAAAGAAAUCAAAGAAAACGUUACUAGAAGCAAGUCGAAAAUGAGCGGCAUUCAAGCUCGCAAACAAGCAGUCAGCCCACAGUCAGUAGACCUCUAUAUUGCGGGGGCAGCGCGCCCGCCACCUCCACCAGCACCUCGUGAGCUAGCUGCAGCACCACUUCCACCACCACCUCCACCGCCACCUCCACCACCUCCCCCACUGCCACCUCCUCCUCCACCUGCGGAACCUGAACAGAAGAAACAAGAAGGAGAGGGACUCUAUGAAAAUUUAGAAGUUCCUCCAGUACUUCCACAAAUACCAGUUCAAUGA